GAUGACACUGGCGAUGACACUGGCGAUGACACUGGCGAUGACACUGGAGAUGAUACCGGCGAUGAUACCGGAGACGACUCUGGUGACGAGUCUGGUGAUGAUACUGGCGAUGACACUGGAGACGAUACCGGAGAUGAUACCGGAGAUGAUUCUGGUGACUCUGAUGAUGGCUCAGCUACCACUACCUCGCCUGCCACCUCAUCCUCCGCUUCCCCAGCUGCCAGCUCAAGCGCAGCUGCCUCGGAGCUGUGCAGCCCGCAAUGCACCGAAUGUCUGUCAACUGACACGACCGAUACCUCAAGCACGUCAUUCAGACGGUCCGGUCUAUUCAGCAGAGGGUUGACUCAAAGGGCCUCCAGCUUCCUCACCUGGAUGUCCACCCAGAUGCAGACCGCACAGCCCCUUGCUAAGAGCACUAGCGGCGUAACUACAUCCACAUCCGUUGUUUUUGGCAGCGGUACAAGCAGCCUUUCCCAGGCCAAUGUUCGCGGAUGUACUGUUCUCUACGUUGUCUCCAAGUACGCUGUGUACGAGGCGCACCUGUGGGAAUCUCCCGGAUUUGUGUCGAGCCAGAACGGCACUGUCGCCUUCAACGAGCAGGCAUUCCAGACCAACAUCAUCAGCUACCUGACGAACGACGUGAACCUCAAGCUGCCACAGCUCACCGGCUCCGCCGCGUACCCCGACCCUGGCACUGAGAUCUACAUUGGCACGCCUGUUGCCGCCAACGGACAAGGCGCAAAGUACGCGUCUCAAAUCUCGCGCAUCGCAUCAACAGUCAACCAAGCUCUUGGGCUGACUUCUGAGCCGGCGGAAUACUACUAUACGCCCACUGGCACGGAUGGUGAAAACAACUGGCUGUUCCAGUACAACGAGAACGCCUGCAACAAGCCUGUGUGGCAAAUUUGGUAUGGUGGUGUGGCGGAUAAUGCGCUGUGGUCAUCCAGCCAGACAUCUAGCUCCUGCGCCUCUAGUGCGGCGACGCCUUCUCGCACACCAGGAGUUCCUGCCUAUACCCCGUCCACCAUGAUGGUCAUGCCUAAAGCGACUCCUGCUUAUUAG